GGAAGCUAUAAAAACUCUGUAGGUUCCACGUCCUUAUGAGACGGUCUUCUUUUAUUUCAUCGCCCUCCGUCUCAUACUGUUGUCUCGUUUGAUCAUCUCACGUUGCCGCUCGUCGUUCUUCAACAGGAUUAUACUUUGAUUUCCAUCAAUUCCAAUCCACCAUUAUCUUCAGCCCACUGGUCGGCCCCCUUUCCGUUGUUGGGAACCUAAGUUGAAUUUCCAUCAGUCAUAUCAACAUGGCGUUCACGAAUAUUUCCAAGCUGCCAAUUGCUCAUGAUGAGCUGGCAGCAUACAUUGCGAAGAAAAUCGCGACCCCUAUCCAGAAGAUACUGGAGCCUUUCCGUCAAUAUGAAGCUCAGCUUCGCGAAGUCUACGCGCAAGAACGUAACAACCCGGUCCUGGAUGACCCGUACCUUAACGUGCUACCUCUAUUUACCCAGAGCACUUCAGACAUCAAGACUCGUGCUCGCAAUCUGGAAGCUGAGUCGCAGGGGGAAAGGGACCGCUAUAUCAUGGUACUUCCCGACGACAAGCGUCGUCCCGACGGAUCCCCGGCGGUAGUGGCGUCCCUGAAAGAAUUUCGCCACAACUUCAACAUCUUCUCCGAGUCGUCCUUGGUCGACAUGGACUGGGAUAAUGUCGUUGCCGCUGGCUCGUCUGCUGUUAAUUGUCUGCUCCCCGUGCCUAACAACUAUAAGACGUCCAAGCGGGCACUUCGGCAGUACUACCACGAGAAGUUUUGUCCUGCUUCCGAUGUCGAUCUCUUCUUGUAUGGUUUGAAUGAAGAGCAGGCGAUUGAAAAGAUCAAGCAAAUCGAGACGAGGAUCCGAGACUCCAUUCUGUCAGAGACCACUGUCGUCCGAACCAAGAACGCCAUCACCAUUUGUAGUCAAUAUCCUACAAGACACGUCCAGAUUGUGCUCCGAGUCUACAAGUCAAUCUCGGAGAUUCUGACUGGAUUUGACAUUGACUGCUCCGGUGCUGCCUACGACGGGAAGCAGGUGUAUACCACACCCCGUGCCUUGGCCUCUUAUAUAACCCAGAUCAACCCUAUCGACCUCUCCAGGCGCUCUCCCUCGUACGAGAACCGGCUGAGCAAAUACAGCCACCGCAACUUUGAGGUCUACUGGCCCGAGCUCGACAGGUCUAGGAUUGAUCCGACUAUCUUCGAGCGAAACUUUGGAAGGACUGUGGGCCUCGCGAGGCUGCUCGUCCUGGAGCGCCUCCCCACGACCAAUUCCAGAGAGCAGUACAUGAAGAAAAGGAGGGAGGAACGUGGUCGUCCCGAUCUGGGCUAUCAAUUCCAGCACAAAAUGCACGGGAACAUCAAAGAUGCCCACGAGGACGAAGUCGCUGACUGGGUCAACGAAGAAGAAGUGUCCAACUAUCACACCUUCACGAUUCCCUAUGGUGUCAGAUUCCAUGCUAAGAAAAUCGAGAAACUCUGCUAUACUCGAGACCUGCUUCUCAAUGCCGAGUGGAACCAGCAGAAUCAAGUCAAGCCUCGUGAAGUAUACCUCCAUCGACACCCAGCCUUCUUCGGCCGUGUUGAGGACGUAAUUACCGACUGCUGCAGUACUUGUCCUCAACCUGUGACCCGGGAGGAACAUGAGAUUGCAGAGAAAGAGAGUGAGAUUUACGUGUCGGGGAAAUGCACCUUUCGAAUCGAAGACCCUGGGAGACAGCAAAUUGGCAGCUUCCACCCCCUCACGGAGAACGACUGGACGGAGAUGGCCUAUGUUGGAAACACGGCACGUCUUUGCCAAGCGAUUGUUGAUGAGGAUAUUGAACAUGUUGAAGACUGGCUGGCCCAGGAAGGAGCCGACUGUAACCAACGAGAUUACACGGGCCGAACGCCCUUGCAUCUGGCCACCAGCAGCUCUACACCUCAAAUUGUAAAGUGCUUGGUAGAUCAUGGCGCAAGGCUUGUUGCCCGGCUCGGCGAUGGAAGGACGGCCCUUCACUUGGCUGCUGCUCGUGGAAACGCCGACAUGGUCAAGAUCCUGUUGGACAAGAGCUCGGCCAACCAGGAGGAAGAGGAAGCAAAGCAGGACCUUCGUCGCAAAGCUCGAGAUGUCAACCAAAAUGAUGACCAAGAAAGUCGGUAUAGGUCAAAUCAAGUUGCCCAGAGUGACUCGGACACUGAAGAAUCCGAAGGCGAAAUGAUGGACGACGCAGAUUCUGACGACGAAGUCCACUCGAUUGCGACGGGAUCCUUCGUUAAAGUCGGCAAAGACGAUAAGACCCAGACGGAUGAAUCAUUACCACUCGAUGACAAUGAUAACGACCCCGACUUCUACUCCAUCGACGUGGUCGCAUGGGACUCGCACUGUUCCGCUCUUCACUUCGCCAUUCUGGGCGGCCACGUUGAUGUUGUGAAGCUUUUGUGUCAAGAUUACGCUGCCGAUGUCCUCAAUCCCGUCAAGUUCGGCAAUGGAUCGCACGAUGAUUCUCGUGCGGCCAUUCUGCCACUGGUUCUCGCCCUCGCUCUUCCGAUAGAGAAAGCUGUCGUCAUGGCUGAGAUUUUGUUGAGUCUUGGCGCAACAUCUUCACAAGCCGAAGUCAACGGUAUCACAGCAUUCCAUCGAUACGUUAAACAUGGCGGCCGCAAGCUCAUCGAGAGCCUCUUCGAGCACGAUAAGAUAGGACUAAAAGCGGCCAUUAACCACAUAACAGUGACUGGUUAUAGCUGGCGCUCGAACGCUACUAGCCCAUUGAUGACGGCCAUCGACAAGGGCGACGCGGUCCUUGUGCUGCGGCUGCUCGAGGCUGGUGCGAACCCUCAAAUUGACUUCGAUUCGUGGCUUAAGGGUGCCAAGGUGUCCUUUGAGGCGAAUCUUGGCGAUUACGAAAGGAACCAAGGUCACUUCAAGGAGUCGACCGAGCAACCCCUUAUCAUUGCCAUCAUGUCAUCCCAACCUGGCAUUGCUGUCGAUCUCUUAGAAAAGGGAGCUGAAUCGAACGUCAUUACGAAGGACAGCCAUGGUUUGGUGCAGUCCAAAUGGUCUGUCAGCCACCGCAAAGGCCGGACUGCUUUGGAUCUCGUUCGAGACUCCCUCAAAACAUUACGCGAGUACACAGAGAACACUGCCCUCAACCAUCAAGCAUCUGGCAAUAAUCGUGGUUACUUCAAUGCUGGUAAAAACACCCACCCCGAACCACCCGAGAGUCCCCAAGGGACUGACGAGUUCCUGCGCAAAUUUGACAAAGACUCAUACCAGCACUGGGUUGUAUCAGCCGAUAUCAAGGAGAAAUUAGAUGACUAUAAGGAAACACUCGAGCGCUUCGAGCAGGAGAAGCAGAAGCACUCCAACCAGGAAGGGCUACAAGAGAAGAAGCAAGCGAUCCAAGAUAUCAUCGUCCAGCUUGAAAGUGUCGAAGAGGCACUUCAGAAAAAGUCGGCCAAAACUUUCCGAGAGCUGUAUCCAGAGAUCCAGGAAUCCAGCGCACCUUCGAACCAUAUUCAAACUGAAAAGUCUACGGCCUAUUGCUUCGACUUCAACUUUCUUCGUGUCACUGAUCUGACUGAGGUGCGGCGGAUUGCGUACAUCGAAUUGUUCGAGGCAGCUUGGCGUGGUGAUUUGGAGAAGAUCAAAUCACUGACGCUGGCCUCUUGGGGUGCCAGCGAGAAUGAACCGCCACUCAAAAUCGCAGUUUGGGAUUCCAAGAACAACAAUUGUUUCUCACUUGCCUUUUUGCGCGGACACCAAAAUGUUGCCAAAGCCAUACUCGAGAUCGCACAGGCCCAGUGGUCUCCCAAGGACGAGAGCAAGGUGCGUUACACGAUGACUGGAGAAGAUUACGAGUCUUGCGAAGGUUCCAAGGUCGGCAGUGACGAGGAACAGCCCGAAUUCUACAGGGAGAUCGUCGACGACCAGUUCACUGUCGAGAACAUCGGUCAGGUAUCUAUGCAGGUCAAGAGCCAGGUCUUUGCAAACGCGAUGCUGAACUGGGACACCCCGACUUUCGUAAUGCGCGAAGGGAGGGUUGAGGACUUGACAAAUUGCGAAAGCUUGCUGUUCUUUGCAAUGAAGACCAACGAUCAAGCACGACUGAAGUUCCUUGUCGACAUGGAUAUUUACCACACCAAAAAGCAGCCAGAUCCGGAAGACGAGUCCGAAUCUUCCCGGCUUUACGCGUUCCCAGAACGCGAAUUCCAAGAUGCCAUCAGGCUGGGCCGGAUCGACAUGCUGGCAGAUGUCAUCAAACGCACAGGAGCUGGAAUUCCCCUCGAGCAACUCGUCAAGAAGAGCGGAGUUGAGAUGAAGGCAAAGCCGCGUUACUACCAGGGUUUGACUGUAUACGGCAAAAAGAGAUCUGACUGGGCCAAUGCGGGCCGGAAUCUCAUCGUUAGGGACACGGGAAGCAAGGCGCCUCCACUUCUAAUGGCUGCCAUUGAAGGAUCUCUCAAAUCUGUUCAAUGGUUCGUCAGUGAUACUCCCAUGAAUCAUUACUUGGAGUUUGGCAAAUCCAAAACCGCCAUGGAAGAUCCUCGUCUGAAGCAUCUUAAAUCAUCUCAAGGGGGCUUUGACCGAGCUAUUUCUAAAUGGCUGGGCAUACAGAACGACUUGGUUAUUCAUUGCGCUGUUAUGGGGCCUCUUGCGGACGAGACCAACCGUGUCAUCAAGUACUUGAUUCAGGUUUGCCCCUUAUCCUUGGAAACCAAAUCGGAUCAUGGAUAUACACCCUUAUACCUGGCAUGCCUUCUUGGACGCGUUCAGUUUGCUAAGACGCUCAUUGAAGCUGGUGCCGACCAGUCAGUGAAAGACACUAGCUUCAACAACAUCAUCCACGCAGCCCUGACAAACGGCCCCGAGCUCGACCAACUCCAAGAGUUAUUGGAUCUGCUGGAUCCUGAGUUCAGAUCUGAUCUCUUCCUCCAGAGAAAUCACCUUACUCACAACGGCGACACCCCGGUACACUUCUGGUUGAAGACAGCGAACCCUAGCCCUCACAACUGGGGCUACCGGGCUGAGGAGAACCUGAAAAACGUCGAAAUCCUCAAGAUGCUCUUGAAGUACUCAGGUGGUCAUGACCUAGAGGCUUUCAAUGGUUCCGGUAUGACUUGUCUCCAUAGCGCCGUCCUUCGUCAACUCCCGGAGCAUAUGAAAGUGAUGCUGGAACACAACCCAAAGUUGCUGUACCGCGAGAACUCAGUGGGGAGAACCCCGGCCGAGAUCGCCUACGACCGGUUCAUCUUCCGCAAAGUUUCGCGGCCCGCGGGAGUCCAGCUCACCUAUGAAAACCAUAACAUGUCCGUGGUCAACAAAAGCCCAGAGUUGUUUUUGAAGCCUUCCUUGGACUCGGCCAAGGAAAUACAGGAGCUGGUCUGGGAAGUGGCGCAAGAAUAUCUACUCAAAUUCCCCGGCAAGCGUCGCCUCGUAAGCCUGAAUGAGGCCAACGACGUGGCGAGGCGGCUUGGCGAGAGCUAUGCUUGGCAACGUUACUAUUCCAAGUCGAAUAAUACUGCCGUCGAUGCUGGCAAUGACGACAGGGAAGAUGAAGAUAAGCCAGAGGAUAAGGACAGCGACUUCGUCACGGCCCAGUAUGCGACGAGGAAGAGCUUGGCUUGGGUCAAGGAUUGGUUGUAGGAGUUUCAGCGCCCUGAGCGACAUGAUGGACUUGUGGGUACUACUUCCUUGGUCGGUCUACACUACUGAGGGUCUGUAACUUAGGAUCCAUCUCUACGCCGCGGGGGUUGCAGUUUGUGCUGUGUUUUAUGUACUUGGCUCUCCUAGUCGUGUCGUGGGCGAAGAUCAGGCAAGGAUUGCUUGGG